UCAAGUAGAAGUGUGUUUUACUUGUGAACUAAGAAAAAAAUGGCUUCCUCUAUGAUGUCCUCUUCAGCUGUGACUACAGUUAACCGCGUCUCUUCGGUACAAUCCGGCGCGGUAGCUCCAUUCGUUGGACUUAAGUCCAUGGCUGGCUUCCCAGUUACAAAGGUCAACAAAGACAUUACCUCCAUUACAAGCAAUGGCGGAAGAGUAAACUGCAUGCAGGUGUGGCCUCCUAUUGGCAAGAAGAAGUUUGAGACUCUUUCAUAUCUUCCACCAUUGACCAGAGAACAAUUGGCGAAAGAAGUUGAAUACCUUAUAAGGAAGGGAUGGGUUGCUUGCUUGGAAUUCGAGACCGAGAAAGGAUUUGUGUACCGUGAGAACCACAGUUCACCAGGAUAUUAUGACGGACGUUACUGGACAAUGUGGAAGUUGCCUUUGUUUGGAGCAACUGAUGCUUCUCAAGUGUUGAAGGAGCUUGAUGAAGUUGUUGUUGCUUACCCUAAUGCCUUUGUCCGUAUCAUCGGAUUCGACAACGUUCGUCAAGUUCAAUGCAUCAGUUUCAUUGCACACACACCUGCGGUCUACUAAAUUUGAGUGUUAAAUCACUCUCAGCUGCCAUUGGAAGAACAUCUUUUUCUCUCAAUUUGUUCUGAUUGUAAUGUCUUCCUUUGUUUUUUGGUUUUCGCUUUCGGAUUUCAAAAUGCAAAUGUAUGGAUAAGAGUUAAUAAAUGAAAUGGUACCUUUUUCAUUCUCAA